GUCAAAACUAAAACAAUAGGCCACUUCAAGCCCAAGAGUCUCACUUCUUAUUCACCCAACCCAAACAACAAAACCAAAAUUUGAAACCAAUGUUGCAAUCCAAAAUGAAGAAAGUUAUAAGUGCAUACGGCGAAGUCCUCCGGCUGGUCCGGCGACUCCCGGAAGAUUCUAGACCUUAUUACGCUAAAUACGCCCGUGAAAAUUUUGUCAACUACCGAGAAGUCGACCCAAAUGACGCUAAUGCCCUUCAGGAACUUCUUGCUCGCACUUACAACCAUUCCCUUUGGGUCCUCAGCAAGUAUUCUGUGGAGGAAGCUGCGGCUGCCAAGUUGAAGAAUAUUUGCUGUAACUGAAGUGCAUGCAAAGUGUUUGGUUUCCUGUCUCAAUGAGGGGUUUUUUUUUUUUUGUUUAAUAAAUUGGAUUUUCUGUUCAGUAUCCACAUCUCGAAUUUUCUUGUGUUUUAUUGGGGGGCUUACUUUGAAAAUUGUUGUCAUUUCAAGUUUUAAAUAUAGAAUUUGAUUUUGUCGAGGAUUGUGAACUGUGAAGUGAUUUUGAGUUGAGUUAUCUUUCCAAUUUUGUGACAUCGACAUUGUGACAAGUGACUUUCACUAAAAUACUCAAUGUUUCGAGAAUCAAGUUUGAAGAUA